AUGACUUCACCUUCUAGACGUAAACACGUACGAUUUGAUUGCUCACGUUCAUCUUCUAUUAUCACUACUACUACUUCUACUACUACUACUACUACUACUAUCACUGCUAUUACUACUACUACAGCUACUUCAUCAUCAUCACAAUCAGUAUCAUCAUUGUUACAAAAUUAUUCCGGUUUCGAUAUCAAGAAUAGUUCUCAAAAUUUAAUUCAGUCAUAUUUUCCCACUUUAUCGUUUCCAUCAUCUAAUACUACAAUAAAGGAAGCAUCAUUAUCAUCUCUCAUUACUCCAACAUUAUCAUCAACAUUAUUAUUCCAUUCACGGGAUUCUUCCUAUUAUCAAUAA